ACUGGGUUACGAAGCCUUUGGGGAAAUAGUCUUUUAAAGUUUCCUUGUUUUGUCUGAAUCCGACGGCGGGUUUGGGGACUUCCGGUGGGCCGAUAGCAAACCUUCGCUAUAAAGUGGAUCGACCUCCAUUUCUCCGCUUCCCAGUGGAAAUCCUGAGCGCCUACCCCCAGUUCCAUAGCCUGUUUUGCGAUUUGCUCGCUCGCCCUCUCUCUUCCCCCCCGAUCGCUACCCGCAUGGCGACGAUCAAGUGCAUCAAGGCCCGCCAGAUCUUUGACAGCCGUGGGAAUCCCACCGUGGAGGUGGAUUGUUGUCUCAGUGAUGGAACUUUCUCCAGGGCCGCUGUUCCCAGUGGAGCAUCGACAGGUAUAUAUGAAGCUUUGGAGUUGAGAGAUGGAGGAUCAGACUACCUUGGGAAAGGUGUCCUUAAGGCUGUUGAGAAUGUGAACGCUAUUAUUGGACCAGCAUUGAUUGGGAAGGAUCCCACCGCACAGGCUGAGAUCGAUACUUUCAUGGUUCAGCAACUUGAUGGGACCUCUAAUGAGUGGGGUUGGUGCAAACAAAAGCUUGGUGCAAAUGCCAUAUUGGCAGUUUCACUUGCCUUAUGCAAAGCAGGAGCUAGUGUGAAGAAGAUUCCUCUUUACCAGCAUAUUGCCAAUCUUGCUGGAAACAAGAACUUAGUGUUGCCUGUACCUGCAUUCAAUGUCAUUAAUGGGGGUUCUCAUGCGGGAAACAAACUGGCCAUGCAGGAAUUUAUGAUCCUUCCUGUUGGGGCAUGCUCAUUCAAGGAAGCCAUGAAGAUGGGUGUAGAAGUAUACCAUCAUUUGAAGGCUGUCAUUAAGAAAAAGUAUGGACAGGAUGCUACUAAUGUUGGAGAUGAAGGUGGUUUUGCUCCUAACAUUCAGGAAAACAAGGAAGGUCUUGAGCUGUUGAAGACAGCUAUAGCAAAGGCUGGAUAUACUGGCAAAGUUGUGAUCGGGAUGGAUGUUGCUGCUUCAGAGUUCUACAGUGACAAGGAUAAGACAUAUGAUUUGAAUUUCAAGGAGGAGAACAAUGAUGGUUCACAGAAAAUAUCUGGAGAUAGUUUGAAAAAUGUUUACAAGUCCUUUGUCAGCGAGUAUCCCAUUGUAUCAAUUGAAGACCCAUUUGAUCAGGAUGAUUGGACCCACUAUGCAAAAUUGACAGAGGAGAUUGGAGGGCAGGUGCAGAUUGUUGGAGACGAUCUUCUUGUCACCAACCCAACGCGUGUUGCCAAGGCAAUUAAGGAAAAGACAUGCAAUGCCCUCCUUUUGAAGGUGAAUCAGAUAGGGUCUGUGACUGAGAGCAUUGAAGCUGUGAAAAUGUCCAAAUGUGCUGGGUGGGGCGUAAUGACAAGCCACCGAAGUGGUGAAACGGAGGAUACUUUCAUUGCUGACCUCGCAGUUGGUUUGGCCACGGGCCAAAUCAAGACCGGAGCUCCAUGCCGUUCUGAACGCCUUUGCAAGUAUAAUCAGUUGCUCAGGAUUGAGGAGGAGCUUGGUGCUGCAGCAGUCUAUGCAGGAGCAAAGUUCCGCGAUCCUGUAGAGCCUUAUUAGAGAUGUCACUGUUUUCUGCACGUUUUCUGCACGUGUAGAGCUUACCAGGAAUUUAACGGCUUUUUCUAUAGCUUGCUUUUAACAUGCAUAAAUUUUGUCUUUAUCGUGUGAUGCCCCUUGUUUUGCUCAAACUUUGUCGUUUUGUUCUGACGAGAGAAAUAAGUCAUUGUUUUGUCGUUGCAGUUAUAUCUGCAGAACAGAAAGUUUGAUGUUUCGUUCUAUGAAUUUUAUUUUGGAUAUGGCUACUUCAGGUGUUGAUUGUGUCGUUGUAAUCAAUGAAUUUGCCUGUAUGAUUCCAGUU